UGUGUUGAUUGGCAGAUUGAGGUUUGGUCAAAUCUCAAAUCCGUAGAUUUAAUCAAUAUUAAAAAAAAAAAUCCUCGAUACGUUUAAUUGUUCUAAUUAUUUCAAGAGAUAAGCCAAUAAAUAAGGUAUUUUUUUAAAUUUCCCAUCCAGUAUUAAUCACAUUUUCGAAAUCAACAAGCAUGGGUGCCGAUCUCAUAGUAGACCCACAAAUUAGAUUCUGGGUAUUUCUUCCCAUCGUAGUAAUCACAUUUUUAGUGGGAAUAUUAAGGCAUUACGCCUCAAUUUUAUUAUCUAGCCAAAAGAAGAUAGAAAUUCAACAACUCGCUGAUUCUCAGUUACUCUUAAGAGCUAGAGCACUAAGAGAAAACUCUGGCUAUAUUCCAAAAAAUGCUUUUUUGAUUAGAAAACAAGCUUUUAACAAAGAAGAUGGGUACCUGAUGCAAAAACGACCAGCAGUAAGUCAGAAUAUGAUGACAGAUCCAUCCAUGAUGACAGAUAUGUUAAAGGGUAAUUUGACCAAUGUUUUACCAAUGAUAGUAAUAGGAGGAUGGAUAAACUGGAUGUUUUCCGGUUUUAUAACCACAAAGGUACCUUUUCCAUUAACACUAAGAUUCAAAUCGAUGCUUCAGAGGGGCAUAGAGUUAUCCCAUUUGGAUGCUAGCUGGGUGUCAUCAGCUUCUUGGUAUUUUUUGAACGUUUUUGGUCUAAGAAGCAUUUAUACUUUGGUAUUGGGUGAGAAUAACGCUGCAGAUCAAAGUAAACAAAUGCAGGAACAAAUGCAAAUGACAGGAGCUGCAUCAGGGAUGCCUGCAGACCCUAAAGUUCCCUUCAAAGCAGAAUGGGAGGCUCUUGAGAUUACUGAACAUCAAACAAAAUUAGCAGAUGUUGAAAAAGAUCUGUUGUAGAAUGAAUUCUGUUAAAACUUAUUUAUUAAAUGUAGGAA